AUGGAUGCCGCAAAGCGUCGAUCCGAGAGGCUGGCCUGUGACCGGUGCCACGGGCAGAAGCUCCGCUGUACCAGAGCCUCGGGCCAUAGCAAGGCAUGCCAACGAUGCGUCAAGGCGGGCGAGAAAUGCACCUACAGCCCUCCGCUGCGUCUUGGUCGUCCUAUUAAUAAGACAUCGCAGACGCACACGCAGCCGCAUAAUGAGAAUAGCCCGGGGAGCCAGUCGUCGUUGACGUCGGCAUCCGAGCCGACCCAUGGUUCUGUUGAUCACUUCGAUGUCUCCUUGGCUUCCCACACGUCACCAUCCAUGUCCGGCAUGGAGGGCCUUGACAGGCGCAUCACCGACUUACUUUACCCAGAUCUGCAAAGCACCCCCAACAGCUCUCCCGUCUCAUCAACCGUCGUAGUUUCGUCAGGAUGCGACUCGGCGACGCUGGCGACGCCCUGCCACGAAGCAGACAUGUUUGACGAUGCCUUUCUUGACAGCGGUUUCUUCUCCAGCGAUUUUGGGCAAUUAAAGGAGACUACAGUUGGCGACAGCAGCGUGGUCGACCAGAGUCAACAACCACAACCAUUCACUCACUGCAACCUCGAUGACUUGGUCGUAUAUCCCGCCAGCAAUCCCAGGUCUUCGCCCAAUCCGGCCCAGCUAAGCAGCGGCAGUAGCUCUACACAAAUACACCUGUUACGCCUCCUUAGCAGGCUGCAAGACACUCCGUUGUUGUGCCUGAUAGAAGAACCCGGCGGCUUCGCCCAGGCCAUCGAAGAGACGGCCAAGGUUUCGAAUAUCCUCCUCGACAUUAUAGAAAGCCUCAUCGGCCCCAUGCUAGCGUCGCCGUCUACCGACGCACAAUGCGGGUGCAAAAAGACAAUGUACACGUGCUCACACGCGGCCGCCCAGGUCAAAGAUGCCGCCAAUACAAACAUCACCGUGUUUCUCACCAUUGUCACAUGCUACGUGCAGAUCCUGCAAAACAUCCAGGCCCUGUCCACGAGGCUCUGCGAGAUAGUCAGGUCCAACGACCCGGAGAGGACGCUGCGCAAUCUGGCAUGCAUACAGAUCGGCUCGUGUGGCACUUCGCUCGCGACCCCGGCCAUCCAGGCCUCCAUGAUUGCCCAGCUGCUGUCCCAGCUGCUGCGAGAAAUCCAGAGGAAGGUUGCGCAGCUGAGCUGCGUGACCAUGGGGUAUCCCCUGCAUAUGCAAAUUCGCCGAGGGCCCGGCAGCUCCUCCUUUACAGACAUCAUCAGCCAUGUGAAUAGCGACAUUGUGAAUAUAGACGCCCAAGUAAACAGCGAGCUAAGUGAUAUAUUACAAAAUUGCUAA